AUCUUAUAAAUAGCACCAGGCUCAUCCCGGUUAAUGCAAGAGGAUAUUUUAGGUGUUUUCCAACGUGUAAAUUCAACAGACUGGUGUUUUCAUCGAAUAAUUUAAAAAAAUGGCACAUUUCGAGCAGUUUCACUGUGACUUUUACCAGUCCAAUUACAACAUAGAUGAUCAGGAAGAUUACAGCACUUGUGACUCUAGUGAAAACCUGAGUGGAAAUAGAAAGAGCCAGACAGGACACAGACCUCUGGCUGGUGCUUUUGUCCCCUCAGAAAUGCUGUUGCCAUCUCAGAGUUACACAGGUCAGAUUUUACAGCCAACAGUUCUAUACAGUUCCAACACUCUCUCUCACCUUAGCUACACUGAUGGUUUUGAUGAGGAACCUCCUUUGCUAGAAGAACUUGGGAUAAAUUUUGAGCACAUAUGGCAAAAAACUUUAACAGUUCUAAAUCCAAUGAAACCUGCAGAUGGCAGCAUUAUGAACGAGACGGACCUCACUGGACCUGUGGUUUUCUGUUUGGCCCUUGGGGCAACGUUGCUGCUGGCAGGAAAAGUUCACUUUGGCUAUGUGUAUGGAGUGAGUGUCACUGGGUGCCUUGCUAUGCAUGCCCUGCUGAACCUGAUGAGCAUCCCAGGAGUCUCACAUGGCUGUGUUGCAAGUGUUUUGGGCUACUGCCUGCUGCCCAUGGUGAUCCUGUCCUCUUCUGCAGCCAUCUUCUCACUACAUGGGAUCCUGGGAACUUUGUUAGCUCUGUUUGUUAUUGGAUGGUGCAGUUUGUCAGCCUCCAAAAUUUUUACCUCUGCCUUGGCCAUGGAAGGACAGCAGCUCCUUAUUGCGUACCCAUGUGCUUUGCUGUAUGGACUCUUUGCACUUCUGGCGGUUUUCUGAAACAUAUUUCCCGGUAGCCUUAUUACAGUCUGUUUAUGUUUGUUGGAGGGAUUGGGGGUUAUUUACUCAUUUUUAGAUUGUGCAGAAUUGCAUUAAGUUCCAUUAACAAAAUUAGAUUAUACAACUUACCUUUUAUUUGCUUAAUGGCAGAUAAUAAAAUAAAGGAAACUAACAGGCAGAUGAUUGCAUUGCUGAUGUUUUGAGAAUCUUGCAGCUUAGAGAAAAGAGGUUUGUAUGGAGAAGAUAGUAAAAAUAGUAAAAAAGAAAUAAAUGACAAUUAAAAACAAAUCUUGCCUUUUGAGUGAUUAUAAUAUAUAUAGUAUAUACACUAGAGAGUAACUGGAAAGCAAUAACACAAAUAUUUAAUAGAUCUAGUGAUUCUAGUGAAAAUGCACAUUUGUUUCAGAAAAAAAGCUUAUUAUUUGAUUACUAAUAACACAGAAUUUAUGCGUUUUUUUCAGUUAUUUUUUAUAUUUAAUAGAGGAUUUAAUGGCUCUGCUUUGUGAUGUGGAAUGAUUGUCCAAGUAAAAGGAAGAACAAGUUGCUACAACAGAGGGAGGAAACUAGAAAUGUCAUCUUGUUUUAUUUUUAAGAGGUUUUGCUGUCCAAAAUCCUAUUGUACUGUUUGUAAUGUACAGUACUGUUAGGUUUUAAAAUUGCCACUAAACCACUACCUGCUGUCACUGCAGAAAAGCACCACACAAAGCAAAUGCAGCUCCUAAAAAUGUCUCCUGAAAGGCACAACUGUAUUUAAGCAAGCAAAAUAAAACCUCCACAAUUUUAUCUGCUCCCCCCACACCCCACAAUCCAUUUGCUGCUUUUAGUCUUAUAGGAAUCUAACAUUUUUAUAACAGCAGUGAAGCACAGAAUGCACAAGAUGACAUUCCAAUACAUAAUAUUAGAAGUAUCGAGCCAUCAACAGAAAAUAAGAUGUGUGUGUAGUCAUAACAAGAGUAAAAUCCAGUAGGCAGUGCUAGAGAAAACACAUGUAGCUGUAGAAACAGCUAGGGAAAAGAAAUAUGAAAUAAAGGAAAAUGUGAAGGAAACAAAUGGCUGCAGAUUAUUUCAUCAGUGUUCCAGGGUGUCUUCCCUCAUGAUGAAUGUUUUUAUUAUUUUAAUUAUUCUCCAAUUUAUUCAUCAUUUGAACUGUUGAGUGAAGUGCCUGAAAAAUAUUUCUCUCACUAAACAGAGGACAAAUGAUUCUGGUACUGAAAAACCAGAAGUGCAAAAAAAAUGUAGAAGCAUAACAUGGAGAAACUGCCCAGCAAUAUGUGAAAAGAACUGUCUUCUUAAUCCUUUUCAUCCUUUUCAGGAAAAAAGUAAGUUAGAUGAUCAGUUUGUUCUCAUGCUAGUGAUUCUGUUUCUGAAUUGAAAGAGCCAUUGAUAAAAAUAUUUCCCAUUGCUCACAUAUUUGUUUUCAAGAGCACUUCAGAAAACCUUUUUGGAAUUCACUGUACUGAACUUCUGUGGACAGAAUUCGUAGUUAGUAGACUUGAGAAGUAAACAAAAGUCAAUGUAUAUUUAUCCAGUCCUUAAAAAUCACAGCUCAUUUAUAGAAAAGGACUUGUUGUAUUUAUACAUUUCCUUCUUGGAAGGCUGUGAGCACAAGUAAGGAGAGGCUGAAGGUAUAAUCCUGAUGCAAACUAUGGAUAUUACUACACAGAGUCUCAUUGCGUGUAAGUGGGAACUUUGUGAAUGUGGAAGAUCAGCAUUUGUGAGCAUGACAGAUUUGGCCCUGCUGCAUUAAGGAGUAAAUUUGCCACUAAUGAGAUGCAGAUAAACACACUGUGUGACUCCAGGGUAUGGUUAUAAAAUCAGGCAGUUUGAUUUACCGUGCACUAAUACCAUUCUCAUCUCUGAAUAGGGAAAGAUUCAUAUGAUUUGGUGUGCAGAUAAGACUGUUUAGAAAAAUUUAGAUCCAUUUUUGUUCCACACUUUCUAUUGUCAUCCACACUAACUAGAACAAGUAUGAAAUACCACUGUUCCAUAGUACUUUAUAUUCAUUUUCUUCCUAAUAUGAAUGAUAUGAAUGGCAGGAGAACUAGUGAAUAGAACCAUCAUUUUGUGUUUUGAUGUCGGAGACAAGUCACAUUACUUAUGGACAAAAUAAACACCUUGAAUAUUUCCCACUAUAUUUACAAAGCAAACACAAGUCUAAUUACUGCUUUAUGUUUAUUCUCUCAGGAUUUAUAACUUUUUUUCAUUCCCACACCUGCUUCAUUUCAACUGAUAACUUCUUAUUUUUAAUUACUUUCCUUGCUUUACUAGUGAGCUACUCUGUUUUCCUUUUACCUGUCCCCAAAAUAUUUCCAUCAAGUGGCAUGUGUUGGUGCAAUACUCCCAGUGUAGCAUUCUUCAGGAGUCUCUAUGUUGUCUGUGAAGAUUUAAUCCUCUUAACCAUUCUCCUUCAACUUCUUUUAAACAAGACUCUUCAUUUUUACACAGUUGUCCUUUCUGAAGUUGAGAAUAAUUACAGUGCUGUUUUUGGCCCUGCUAUUCCUGUGUGAUUCCUCACGUCAAUAUUACAGUGCAUAUAAAGUAU